CAGCUGACCAUCCUCCAGAGCCCAGCGCAUCCAGGAGGCAGGAGGACCACAGCGGGCGCCCCGGGCGGGGGGAGUGCCACUCACCUCCCAGCCCCGCCCUUCCGGACCGACGGCCUUUAAAGAGCGGAGGGAGCUGGGGUCCCGGGAAACGAGCGUCCGGGUGCAGCAGCGGUGGAGCGCACUACCAUGUCCCUGCAGGCUGAUUUUGAUAGGGCAGCGGAAGAUGUGAGGAAGCUGAAAGCAAGGCCAGAUGAUGAAGAACUGAAAGAACUUUACGGGCUCUACAAACAAUCUGUAAUUGGAGACGUCAAUAUUGAGUGUCCAGGAAUGCUAGAUUUAAAAGGCAAGGCUAAGUGGGAAGCAUGGAACCUCCAAAAAGGAUUAUCGAAGGAAGAUGCCAUGAAUGCCUAUAUUUCUAAAGCAAAAGAGCUGAUAGAAAAAUAUGGAAUUUAGAAUUCAGCGUAUGAGAAAACUUUCCUUUUGAAGCCUUCAUAAUGGUAUCAUGACCUAACAUUUAGAGGAGAAAAUGCACUAUUAACUCAUUACACCUCAUGAAAAUUUUUGCUAGUAACAUGAAUUAUAAUCUUUAAUUAGAGGUAUGAUGAAACUAUAUAUUUAAGGAAAUUUUACUUGCUAAAAACCAGGUGGGUUUUUCUUUUACAUUUAAAUUUAUUUAGGUUUCUGAUUCAUCGUGUGUCAAAGACUAAUCAAUAUAAAGAGAUGAUUUUAAACACUUUCAAAAAAGUAUUGCUCUGGUAGUGUGUGCACAAAACAUUAACAAUUGUUUGCUCUUUUUUAAAAUAAAUAUAUUUUUAUUGAUUUCAGAGAGGAAGGGAGAGGGAGAGAGAGAUAGAAACA